GUCACUUUCAUGACUCUGAGCUUCGAUGCAUCAGUUUGUUUGUGUUUGACUGUCUGUAGCAACCAGCAAACACCGCAGGACGGCGAGCUGCUGGAGCCUUCAGGGGGAUAAAUAUGGAGAAAUACGCCCCUAAAUUUAGCAAAGUUCUGCUGACACCCGACCCACAUUACAUACCAGGGUACGCAGGCUAUUGCCCGCAGCUGAAGUACAAUGUGGGGAAGUCCUACGGCCAGCUCACAGCCGAACUGCUCACCAAUCCUGAGGUGAACCACUCCAACCGCCUGGUCCUCCACACAGGUCACAUCCCCUCCACAGAGUGUGACCCUGGUCUGACACUGAGAAGCAACCCUGAAAGUAACAUGAGGAAGGUGAUACCAGGAUUCACAGGCUUCAUCCCAAAAAGGCGGAACUACUUUGCCUGCAGCUACUCUGAAACAUGUCAUAAAGCGUUGUCUGAGUUUCAACAGGAAAGGCAUGAAAGGAUCCAACGGAAAUCAUCAGAACUGCCAGUUAUUGUCAACUACACCAACCAACAGUUUGAAAGGCCAAAACCCCCUUUGACAGCGAUCUCCAAUAAAGUGAUCUACAAACCGUUGAAGCCCUUCAUCCCCCUUGGAAAACCAUAUUUCAUGGACGAUGAUAACCCACACAAGUAUUUCAUCUCAGGAUUUACAGGGCACGUGCCGAAAUCUCGCUUCCUAAUUGGCAAAGGUUACCCCAUCACUACCAACCGGGCGCUGAUCCAGUUUGGGAAGCAGCAGCAGGCUGAGCCCACCUUCAAACACAUCCCAGAGUGGAAGGACAGUACAAUACCUCCCAUCCCGGCAAUCUAUCCAUCAAACAGGGGUGUGGUGCCAUCAUUCACAGGACAUAUACCAGGAUACCAAUUCAUGUAUGGACAUACCUUUGGUCAACUUUCCAAGAAUGCACUGGAAAAGAGCAGCAUCAAGAGAACCCUUCAGGCAAAGUCAUAAAACACCUCAAUAAAAUGAUUACCAGCAUUA